UUAUUGGUUAAGGUAACAAGCUUGAAGCUUUGAUCAAAUUAGAUGUAUAUUUUAUAUUUAACAAUAACCUAAUGACAUAUAUGAUUAUCAUAUAUUCACAUUCACACACGAUGUACUUAUAAUUGGCUGACUAGAUAGUACAUAUAAUACCUCUCCCGUAUGGUCCAUGAAAACUUUAAUGGCUAGCUAAUUCAACUACCUGAAAUUAGUUGACUUGAAGAUGUGUACCUAAUACGUUGAAAUUAAGAAGAUAAAAAGUUUGUAUCUAGAGACAGGUAUAACCAACCAAUACCAUGUUGAACGUGAAGUGCCACUCUAUUUUUUUCUACGCCAUGCAAGCCUAAUCCCAUUGUACCGGUAAGCCAAAUAAGGAAAUCAAAACGAAAAAACAAAGCCAAUUCAUUCCUAGGAUCCUCUUGUUGUUUCUCAUAGUUUUUUUCCCUCUCUUAUAUCAACUAAAAACCCAUAAACCUGAAAGCUAGGGUCAUGCCUGUAAGAAAAUUAAUCAAGAAGAAAACUAUCUACUCCAGGAUCGUGAAUAAUACCCUCUCCCAAUCUUCUUCUAAUAAGGACAAGCCGAGAAUGCCAAAAAGGAGUCAUUAUAACCGGGCAUAUACCAGCUCAAUACUCUCAUCAUAGGUCUUGCUCGUUUGAAGAAAAAGAAAAUCGAAAGAAAUAUACAAUAAAUUAACGUGAAACUCAUAUGUUUAUAUUUUAUUUUAAUUCAAAACUUUCAUCUCAAUUGAUUUUCUUUCUAUUUCUUUACACUCUACCUCGGGGGAUGCUUGAUCCUCAUUCUUUAAAACUGAGAGAACAAAUAGAAAAAGAGAAACAAAAAAUGACGCAGUUAUUCAAUCUUAUUAGUACCUGGCUAAUACUGACAUCGUCCUCGUUAUUAAUCCCACAUGCGGCUUCCUACGACUUUGGGAUACACGAGACGGGUCUCACGUGCGGGGCUUCUGAGAGCCCAGGAUCGAGCGCGUCCAAGUUCAUGGCCAUAAUGGACACGGUGUCGUUUCAGGUCAAAGAGCGAGGCUGGGGAGCGCAGACGCUCCUCGGUUCCGGGCCUCCGAUGUACGCAUUGGGCCAGUGCCGCCGCGACCUGAGGCCCACGGAGUGCUACACGUGCUUCACCCAAGCGAGGCAGGUGCUAUCGCGGUGCGUGCCCAAGACAGCUGGCAGAAUCUACCUCGACGGAUGCUUCCUCCGCUACGACAACUACUCGUUCUUCCGCGAAAGCGUGGACCCCACGCGCGACAUCAGCGUCUGCCAGUCGUCGCCGGGGCUUCGGAAAGACGGGGAAGGACGGGUGGCAGCAGCGGUGGCGAACGCGACGAAGGGCGCGGCGGAGUGCGGGUUCGCGGUGGCCGGAGUAGAGGGGGUUUUUGCGUUGGCGCAGUGCUGGGGGACGCUGGAUAAAGGGACGUGCGAGAGAUGCUUGAAUGCAGCGGGGACAAGAGUGCAGGAAUGUGUGCCUAAUGCUCAGGGUAGGAGUCUGUUUACUGGUUGCUUUUUGAGGUACUCAACGCGCAAGUUCUACAACGACGUUGCACUGCAUGGCAUCAAGGAUUCUACAAAUUCUAGAGAAGGGCCUAGUACUGUCUGGUUGAUGGUUGCAUGUGUAUUAUUAGCGAUUGUAGGGCUUUUGCUCGUCGUCCUUGCUGCAUUUAUAUGCCGGAAAAGAAUAGCAUCAUCGCGUAGAAAUAAAAUAAGCGACAGUUGCGGUGCGUCACCUGGUUUUGCCUACGUGACUGGCUUCAGUUUUAGGUACGAUUUGCUUGAGAAGGCCACAAACUAUUUCGAUCCCGCAAACAAAUUAGGGGAGGGUGGAGCUGGUUCUGUGUUCAAAGGAACCCUGCCCUCGGGAGGGACCGUUGCUGUUAAACGACUGUUUUUUAAUGCCCGGCAAUGGACAGAGGGGUUCUUCAAUGAGCUCAACUUGAUCAAUGAGAUUCAACACAAGAACGUGGUGAAGCUUUUGGGGUGCAGCAUUGAUGGUCCUGAAAGCCUUUUGGUUUAUGAAUUUGUGCCCCGUGGAAAUCUUGAUCAAGUCCUUUUCGGUAAGAACUCAGAAAAUGCUCUGAACUGGGAACAACGGUUUCGAAUCAUAUGUGGGAUAGCUGAGGGCUUAGCAUACCUUCAUGGAGGCCCUGGAAAAAAAAUUAUUCACAGAGACAUAAAGUCCAGCAACAUUCUAUUUGAUGAGAAUCUUAAUCCAAAAAUAGCUGAUUUUGGUCUUGCUCGUAGUGUUGCUGAAAACAAAUCUCUUCUUAGCAUAGGAAAUGCGGAGACACUGGGAUAUAUGGCUCCUGAGUAUGUUAUCAACGGACAAUUGACAGAAAAGGCAGAUAUCUAUGCUUUUGGGGUAUUGGUUAUUGAAAUUGUCAGUGGUAAGAAGAACAGUGAUUAUAUACCAGAGUCAACUUCAGUACUCCACAGUGUGUGGAAAAAUUACAAUGCAAAUAUUAUCACAUCAUCCGUUGAUCCCACUCUACAUGGCAAGUUUACGGCAGAAGAGGCAUCAAAUGCACUCCAAGCUGGCCUUCUUUGUACACAGUCUUCUGAUACUCUCAGACCAUCCAUGUCUGAAGUAGUUCAGAUGCUAACAAAGAAAGACUAUGUUAUUCCCUCCCCAAAUCAACAACCAUUCCUCAAUUCCAUAGCCCGCAUUCUAUCCUCAAAUGGGCAUGCAAGUGCAAGAUCCUCCUUCCACAGCACCACCAGUUCCCUAAUUCCAAAUGAUGAUGUAACAGUACUUGAGAAUUCAUUUUCUCCUUAUUCCAGGUUCAACCCUACGGGGAGUCCUGACUCAAAUAUCCAAAUAUUGGGGUACCUGAGCCAAGGUAGGUGAACUUCAAAUCUUAGGAUGAUCCAUAGAACCAUGCAUGGUUAACUAAGUUAAGGAGUUCUAGUUCACUAUGUAUAUCAUUCAGGGGGUGAGCUGAAACUAGGCAUAAUAGAAAACUGAGAAAAGUCACUACUCUCCUAAUAAGCUUAAUUUUAAAUUUUGAGUGUAUAAAAUUCUUAUGUGCAAGGCUGGAAGUUAAGCAAAGGGGGGUAUUUAUGGAUUUUGCUCAACAGAAGAUUAUGGUUAUGAAGCUACUAAUAGUUUAUAUUAUUUUGUGCGUGAAGAUUAUUAGAGUUGAUGCAACUUGUUGAUGUAUUAGAGUUGUUGAAACUUAUGAAACUAUUUUCUCUGGUUGAUUCUUCUCUAAUAUUAUUGUCAAUGGCAUUCGGCAUAAGUUUGAAUUGAAA